CAAUCGAUGGCCAAAUUCAAAAUCCUUCAGACUGUUGUGUUUGUCUCGGUACAUCACAACAUGUUUUUACCUUUUGGGACACACUAAAACUUUCGGAAUACAUUGUAAGGAGACGAAAAUUGUCCGACGCGAUUCGGAACCGAGGCGCGUUUGCGGAAGAGGAGCUACAAAACCGACGCGUCAUCGUUUCGAAGAAGCGGAAGCCUUGUCCGUUAAGUCAAAUACGCUCGUUGCGGGACGUUCAGAACCCCCUGUCGCGCGUUCGAUCCCUGGAUUCAAACUCGAGGUGUUGGAGCAAAAGCGGCUCGUCCCCGCGCAACAGGAGACAUCAAGUACACGCGAAAAACCCGGACGUAGCCGUUCGGAGGAAGAGCCCGAUUAGCAGGAGGGAAGUCCCCAAGUCGCUGGAAUCCCUGUUCAAUUUGCACAAGCCUAUUGAGUUGUGUAUCGAGGAUUUUCAAUUCUGCCAUCCGCCCGUGGAGGAGAAGUCGGAAGAUUCGGAUUCGGAGUUUCGGUCUGGGAAGCCCGAAGAUUUUAUCGAUAAAUUACAGCCGGUUUUCUUGGAAGAAAGUAUCGUACUGCAGGAAAGCGACGUAGAAGGGUCGUUAAAUGAAGAAAUAAAUCGAAAAUAUCAAAGUUUCGAGAAGAUCGAGGAUAUCCCUAUCUUGUCAGAAAUCGACGAUCUUUCGAGUAGAAUGGCUGACGAAAAGGAAGACGCUCCCGUAGCAGCCGAGGGCGAACAGGAAAACGAACCUCAAGAGAUAGUCGAAGAAGCAGAGCAAGUUCAAGUUUCCGACGAGCCCGCAAAAGAAGCUGAAAACCAGGGCGACGAAGCCCAAACCGCUGAGGCGCGAGAUGUGGCCGAUGACGGCAAAACGCUGGCGACUGAGAAAUCUGAAGAGACUGCAACGGCGAAGGAUCUAUCCGCGAGAGGAGAUAAGUCGUCGAUUUACGCACCCGAGUAUCAGUUGCCUCCAGGUUUGGGCGAAGGGAUUCCUGUCGGACCUGGCCAAAAUCGGGAAUCGAUAAUGAGCUCGGUACCUGUCACGGAAUCGGCUGUAAUGCAACAAAUGUUCAAAGCUGACGAGAGAGCGAAAAUCGUUCGCGCGGAAAUACAAGAGUUAAAGGCUUCCAUAAACGAACUGACGAACAAAGAUGAGCUUUCGGAAGAGGAUACGAUUAUCCUGAGAGACAAGCAAACGGAGGUGAUGCGCAAAGUUGGCGAACUAAAUGACAUCACACGUAAACUGCAACGGAUCAUCGGUCUCGUCGACCCGUCGACCCCCACAUUCGCAAAGAUGUUCGAGCUUCUACCGUAUCCGCACACAAGGGGUACGGAGGAUGAGAAGGAAAAAUCAUGCGAAAAUCUUGUAGAAGGAAUAAAAGAGUGCGAAAGGUUCGCCUUUCCUCAGAUAGAGUACCCAGAGGACAAAUUACCGCGAGUCAUAGUUUGCGGAAACACAGAAGACAACAUACCAAAAAUAGUAGUUCCUGAUAGUAGGCCGAGGAGCCGAGGCAACAAAUGCAUCGAGAAACUGACGGGAAGACUCUCGGAAUCGUUGUGCUUGCAGGACAAACUUGCUAAAGAAAACGCUGAGCUAGAAGGCGGCAAAUACGCAUUGGAGCGCGAGCUCCUCGAGAAGGACAAUGCGGUCGAGUGCCUGGAGCGCAAGGUCCGCGGCUUGCAGGACGAGAUGCGCUUUGUGGUAAAGGAAAACUGCGAGCUCAACCGCAAGCUCGUCUGUCUGCAGCAGCAGCAGCAACAGCAGCAGCAGAGCUGCAGCUCACCCUGUUCGGUACCGUCGCCGCGAUUGUCGCCGAAAUCAGAGAGCAGGUGCCGAUCGCCCAGAAUUUCACCUCAACCACCAACGGCAGUACUCGAUCUGUCUUGCAAGUGCAGCGCGAGAGAACAAAGCAGGGAGCAAACUGCUCAGCCACCCGUCGAAGCGUCGAACGCGUGUAGAAAUCACAGCCCGAUCUCGCGCCGAGAUCCUCGAGCUUACAACUCGCCACGUCUAGCAGGUGGUGCUUCACGAGGAGACGACGGAUUUACGCACUAUCAACAAAAUCGUCAAGAGAUGCAGGCUCACAAUAGUUACCGAAACGGUAUCUCCAGUAAUAAUGGCUGUGCAAAGUCCCCAGCGAUGAUAAGUCAAGGACCUGCGCGAGGAGGUGCCGUUUGCCCGGCCGAGAUCGACGAGCGGCUCGCUGCCUAUGGAAAUAAUACCAAGUAUUUGGUAGAGCAACUGUCAUGCGUCGAAAACGAGGUGAGAACACUUCAAGCAGACCUCAUGAACGUGCAACACGAGAGGCAGCAGCUUGAGCAGCAGCGUAAGCUCCUUGAGUGUGCCAAUCCAUGCGCCACUUGUGUAUGCUGUCCUGAGCCGCCGAAAUCGUUAAAUCUACCUCCCAAGAAUAAACAAGAAUUUCUUUCUUGCUCGCCCUGCGAUGUCACGCCGGAGGCGAACGCUUGCGCGGCCCAACAGUUACGCGAUCUGCGCGAGCAAUAUGCCCGUCUUCAAGACGACUAUAAAGAUAAGCUGUGCGAAGUAUCGCGGCAGCGCGCGGAUGCCGAAGCUUUGAAACGAGAGGCUCGCGAGGCCAGGGAAGAGCGAGAGCGCAUGGAAAUUAAGCUGAUCGACGCCCAAGAACGCUCGCGUGCCAUCGAGGCUGAGCGCAACGAGUUGCUCGGUACGAAAGAGCAGUUGAUUGAACAGGAGCAAGCGUUGCUAGUGGCGAGACAACGUUUCCGUGAGGCCCAGGAUGAACUCGAGGAAUUGCGCACGAUGAUUCGGGAUCAGGCUGCUCAACUCGACGACUACAGAAAUAAAUACCUGCAGGCGCAGCAACAGGUGGAAGAGCAACGGCGGCAGUUGGACCUUAUGGAGAUGGACAAUGCUAGGAUGAACGAAAAUGUUGCGCUGGAAAUCGGCAGAGUUAAGAAUCAAUUUCAAGAGAAAUUAGCGGAAAUAGCUCCGCUUCCGGAUAUUUUAAAGCAAACACAGAUGAAACUGCAAGAGACGCAGCAACAACGAAUGUUAGCCGAACAUAACUGCGAAGACUUAUCGCGAGAGCUUUUGGCGGCCAAGGAUAAGAUCGACUCCAUGCAGAAUCAGAUAAACGACCUACAGCGGGAGAUUCAAAAUCUACAAGAUGAGAAAAACGACGGCGGAAGCAGAAUAGAAGAUCUAGAGAAAAAGAAUGGUGAACUGAGGAAUGAAAACGAGCGCCUAAAAAAUGCCAUUGCUCGAUUUGAGGAGCAGCAAGCAGUGAUGCAGAAGCGUAUCGACGAAAAACAACACGAAGUGACACAGCUUACUGCUAUGCUCGAACAGGUGCGAGAAGACUCGGCAAGACAAGUGUCGAGAACGAAAGAGAGAUGUGAGGCCAUUAAGCGAAGCAUGCAGGCGCAAAUUAGCGACUUUGAGAUACAAUUAGCCCAAUGUCGAGCUGCAGCAAAAACCGCACAAAAAGAAAGAGACGAAAUAAGGCAAAAAAUGCAAGGCCAAAUCGGAAAUUUGAGCGAAGCUUUGCAACAGGCCCAAGGAAGAAUCAAAUCCUUGCAAGGGCACGUGGAAUACUUAAAAGUAUCUUACAGCAACGUUUUUGGCAAUCAAGUUCCAGGAGAAUCCACGACGCUAGUUCCUCAAACGGAAUCGCUCACUGGGGGUCAAGGCUACGACUCAUGCGACUGUAAUCACUGAAGGCUGAACUGUAAUUCAAAAUCUAAUUGUUCUUUUUGUCUUCGAGAGACUCCGUACAAA